UGAGAAAACUGAUACCUAUAAAUAACAGAGACCGCGUAUGUUAUCCAACAGUGUUGGAACAUCACGAGGACUAGGUAGUUACUAAUAGUUACUUACAUCAAUUUCCUUAACUUUUCUUACCAUCUAUAACGACAAACUAGAAAAGCAAUGUCGUCUUCUUUGGUACCAUUGUUUUUCCGCGAUUGGUGGGAAGAUUUUGAAAGAGAGCGAUUGCCCAGACGUUUAAUGGACCAGCAUUUUGGAUUGGGAUUGCACAGGGACGAUCUCUCUAGUUUGUCUUCUGCCUUGACUACUCCAUUGAGGUCGGGUACAUAUUAUAGACCAUGGCAGAGCAUAGUGAGUCGUCAAAACAGUGGUAUGUCAAACAUCUCGUUAGACGAUAAACAAGUGCAAGUCAUUUUGGAUGUGCAACAAUUCACUCCGAAUGAAAUCACUGUCAAAACAUCUGAAGGGGCUGUUAUUGUCGAAGGAAAGCACGAAGAAAAACCAGACGAACAUGGCUUUAUAUCUAGACAUUUCAAGAGACGGUACUUACUCCCCAACGAUGUAGACAUUGAAAAAAUUGUAUCAAGCUUAUCUUCAGAUGGUGUACUAACAGUCAGCGCACCAAAAAAGACUAAUGAAGCUGCAAGUGAAAGGAGUGUACCGAUUAUUCAAACUGGUGUGCCAGCAAUAAAAUCAAAAGAAACUGAAAAGAUACACACUGAACCAGCCAAAGUUACUGAAAUUAAAGUCGAACAUCAGUAAAUAAAUGUAUAAAAAAUUUGUAUUUUAUAACAUCUACCUACAAUGAAUUGAAUAUUAUAUUGUAAGUCAUAUGAUUAUUUUUUUUUUUAUUAAAUAAUAUAAAUACAGUUAACAAGUUA